AUGCUGAACACACUGCAGCGUAAGAAGCUAGACGCGCUCGACCUGCAUCUCGACGAACAACAUCGAGUAAUCCUGUGCAAGACGUGCAAAUUUGCAAUCAAGCCGGCUGGUGAUCGAGUAACACGACAUCUUGGUGAGAAGCAUGGUAUCUCUCGUAAGGCACGAGUUGGACUAUGCAAACUCAUGAUAAUGCUGGAGCUGCCGGAUCCUGCUACGCUUGCACCAAGACCAGAUAAUGUACAACCGCACCCUUACCUUGAAGUACGCACGUGCUUCUCCUGCAAGCUAUGCCGGUUUAAAACGUCCAGUUUCGAUCUCAUCAGUCGCCAUAUCCCGAAGCAGCAUAGGGAAAUACGCCGACCGGGCUCUAAGGGGGUCUGGAUCCGCGACUACAUCGACAAUACGAGCAGCUUCCAGAGCUGGCAAGCUAAUGACAUUACCAAUACAUGGCGUGUCACUGUCGCUAGUAAUCCAGGCAGCGAGAUUGCUAGUAUUAGGAGGCUUGCCGCGAACAGUACAGACGCACAGAGCAACACCGUCGACCCACGUCAAUCACUUGUUAAGCGACUGAGAGAGGAGGAAAUGCAAACUUAUAUUCCUGCCGUUGCUAAUAGUAGCGGUAAAGAUGCGGCAUUGUCGCAGCCAGCGCUCAUGACGAAUUGGAUGCGCCGAACAAGAUGGCACCAGACGUUCUUGGAGGCUGAUCGUCCUGCGCUCGUUGCGCUCUCGAUACUACCAAACCCAUACCAGCAACAACGACCGCUGCGUGUACAGUUGAGCAGUGGCGUAAUGCUAGAGAGCACAGCGCGAGAUGAGCAAAGGUUGCAUACUAUGAUGGGCGCGGUGGAUCGACUGAUGGACCGAGCUGGUGAGACCAUACGCAAUACAGACGUUGCUGUGCGCCGCUGGCUUCGCGGCCGUUUCCCAGACCGACCAUAUAAAGCACCGUUUGAGCUAGUUAUCAGCACACAUGCAGAAACACAGUAUCGGCGACUGCUGAAACGUUGCAUCUGUAUUUGGGUCCGUCUGUGGCAUAUGCCACCGACAGUAGCGCGUCUAGUUGCCGGCCGCACUGUGACGAUGGAGCAGCGCUAUGCGCUACAGGCCUUAUGGUGCGAUGUAGACUGGGAAGUGUCCGUUCUGGACGAAGAUGGUAUAGUCCUGGAUGAAGACGAGAGCGAUACAGAGAGCGAUACAGCGAGCGAUACUGAAUUUGAAAGCGGUGAUGACAAUGACAGCAUAUGCGGCAAUGACAGCUCAAGUGAGAGCUCUACAUUUUCUACAAGCAGUACACUUCCAACAGACAGCCAAAGCAAUGGUUAUACCGACCAUGGCAGCAAAUCGUCAACGUUGCCAGAUAAUCCAGAUCAUCAACUGGAUGCGCUACUUAGCUUUUGCUUGUAUAUGGUGAAGGAGGAAUUCCACGAUGGGCAGGCAAACUCAACGAUGAUUGGGUUUUUUAGUGCUAUAUGUGGUCUCUCACUGCCAGAUGGCAAGGAAUAUCUACGCCCAGCACAGUUCACAACACAUAUAGCAGGGCUUAUAUACUGUAUUCGACUGAUCGCUAUUGAGGCAACCUUGCCGCUACGAGAGCAUAAAUCGAUCCAUCUUGCAGCGCGCCCCUCGGUUGGUCAACUACAGCUACUGCAGACCAUGAGACAACCGUAUCUUUGCGACGGCACUAUGUCGUCUAUGGGUGAGCUGCUGAGUCUUCUUGCGUUCGGUUAUGCUCAUCGGAGCGCAGAAGGCCCAAGUUUUAUAUUUGAAUGGAGCGAUGAUAAUGAGACUAUCUCCUGGGAGGGUAGCGGCAUGCUAGCAAUGAAGGCAUUUCGUGGUUUUGUGCAUGAUCUCCUUCGCCAAGCGGAGGCGCUAUCAGAAAAGCUUCUGUAUGGGUGGCAGGGGCCGCCGAUAGAUCUCUCUACUAUUCAUGAUCGACUCUCAAACAAAGCUAGUGGAUAUUCGUUUCUAAACGACCCUGCCAAUAAACUUGAGCAUGCAUACCUUGAGGUGUUCCAAGCUGCAAGUCUAUCACCACUAGAUGCGCUGCUUCGGCCUGCCCAGAACGCGACAACUAGUGGAGAGUGGGACACCAGAGCUGCCGCACACAUGACUACCAUUUAA